UUCAUCCCCCACCCCCUCUCUCUCGUCUAUCAUUUUCUCUGCCAAAAAUCCAUUCUUCUUUUUUUUUAAAUUCUAUAAAAUUAUUGAUCUUUGUUUGUGCAAAUUUAUAUGGAAACUCCUUCAAGCUUGGAAUUAACCAUAUCCAUGCCUGGCUUCUCCUCAUCUCCACCUCUUAUUACCUCAUCGGUGAGGGAUUUGGACAUAAACCAAGUACCAUCAGGUGGGGAGGAAGAGGAAUGGAUGACGGCAGGAAUGGAAGACGAAGAUGAAAGUAGCAGCCUUAACGGAGGAGAAGGAGGAGGAGGAGGAGUCCAUAUUCCUCGCAAGAAGCUCCGUCUAGCAAAGGAACAGUCUCGCCUUCUUGAAGAAAGUUUCAUACACAACCACACCUUAAACCCAAGACAAAAAGAAGCGUUGGCUUUGGAGUUGAAUCUGAGGCCGAGGCAAGUGGAGGUGUGGUUUCAAAACCGCAGAGCCAGGAGCAAGUUGAAGCAGACGGAAAUGGAGUGUGAGUACAUGAAGAGAUGGUUCGGGUCGCUGACGGAGCAGAACCGGAGGCUACAAAGGGAGGUGGAGGAGCUGAGGGCCAUGAAGGUGGCCCCACCAACAGCGAUGUCUCCCCACAGUUGGGAGCCACUUCCGGCAUCCACACUCACAAUGUGCCCUCGGUGCGAGCGCGUGGCACGCACUGCGGGUCCCAGCAUGAUCAUUACAACCGGCGCCGCCACCCCUACAAUUGCGGCCACCUUGUCGUCUAAAGUCCGCGCACCAACCUUCCCUUCGCCACAAUCUUCUGCGGCUUGUUAGUUGGUUAACUUAGUACCGCUUGGGCAAAGUACAAUUAAUUUUAAAUUAAUUAGAUUAAUGAAUUAGUGUUCAUACUUCUAAUUUACACAAAAAUGGAUGUGGGGAAUGGUAUUGAUUAGGUAUAUAUCCAAUUUAUAAU